CGCUGCGGGAAAAAGACAACGAAGAAGAAAACCCGGAAGCGUUUCCUCUGUUGGUUCCACAUGUACGCUGUGCCCGUGUUGUUUAAUAUCAGGAGAUAAAAUAUCGAGAUAAAAAUGAAACCGUGAAAUGAAAAGUGGAUUAGUUUUGUAGCUUGUUAAAGAUGAGUCAGCAAUGCUCGUAAAACGUGCACGUCGGUAGUUUACUGACCUGAAGGUUGUUCGUUGUUUCCAGACUGAAAGAUGUUGAGUGAAACCGAGGCUGCAGAGCUGCUCUCCUUCCUGAGCCCCGAAACGCGCCCAGAUGUCAAAGGUCAAACCACAGAGUACAUCCUGGGGAUGUCUGGAAACAGGGACGGCUGCCGCUUCCUCCGCUCUAAAGCUGACUUGCUGCGUGCUGUUUUUGCUUUGACCUCUGACCCCUCCAUCGCCAUCGUGAAGGACUGUUACCACAUCCUCAUCAACCUGUCGGCGGACGAGACUCUGCACCAGGUUUUGGUGGCGGAUGUCAAAGUUAUUCCUGUCUUGUUAAAGAAGCUUCUGGAUCCAGAGUACGUGUUCUCGGAUAAGAUCUGCACCAUCCUGUCCAACCUGACCCGCCACACCAAGACCUGCAAGACCGUGUUCAAGGUCCUCCAGGAGGAGACCGGUCUGUCUCAGCUGGUGGACAUCUUCUGCACUGAAGGCUACAACAAGAAGGCCAAUUUCCACUAUCUGAGUCCGCUGCUGUCCAACCUGACGCAGCUGCCCGAGGCCCGAGACUACAUAAUGGAUAAGGACAGGUGUGUAAUCCAGAGGUUGUUACCCUUCACGCAGUACCAGGCUUCGGUGGUGAGGAGAGGAGGAGUCGUAGGGACGCUGCGCAACUGCUGCUUUGACCACGCGCGUCACGAGUGGUUGCUAAGCGACGCCGUGGACAUCCUGCCCUUCCUCCUGCUGCCGCUGGCCGGUCCGGAGGAGCUGACGGAGGAAGAGAACGAAGGUCUGCCUGUGGAUCUGCAGUACCUCCCCGAGGACAAGAAGAGGGAAAACGACCCCGACAUCAGGAAGAUGCUGCUGGAGACUCUUUUAUUGCUGACGGCGACCGGAGGCGGCCGCAACACGCUUAAAGACAAGAGCGUGUAUCCCAUCAUGAGGGAGUUCCACCGCUGGGAGAAGGACGUCCACGUCACUGCAGCCUGCGAGAAACUGGUCCAGGUGCUGAUAGGAGACGAGCCGGAGCAGGGGAUGGAGAACCUGAUGGAGGUGGACAUCCCCAAGGACGUGGAGGUGAAACUGAAGGAGGCCGACGUCAAGGAGCAGCAGGAGCUGGAGAAGGAGCAGGAGGAGAUGAGACAGGAGGAGGAGAAGAAGAAGAGUAGUGAUGCACAGGGGACGGACAAAGGACCGGACGGUGGACUGACACGGUGAAGAUGUGGCUUUGCCGCUGAAUCUGUUAAAGUGAGAGCUAGAUGUUCUUCAUCCACAAAGAGCCACCAGGCUGCAGUGACGUUCUCCAGCUGGUCCCAAAGAGGAAGUGACAUCACUGCCGAGGUUGAAAAGUGAAGGUUGGGAAAUGAGAAAGCUUCCGUUUUUACAACUUCUCUGCCUGUUGAGGCCUGAAAUAAAGUUGUGAGGGAAAAUCUUGAUGCUUUAUAAUCUGCUGGAGUUACCUGUACUCCAAGGUGGUUGUUGUUGUUUUUUUUUCCUCCAGUGUGCAAUAACACCAGCGGCAAAGAAAUAUGUCGACGUGUCUCAUGUCAGAUCAAUUUUAACAAAUUACAAACUUUCAUUUCCUGAUUUUAUUACUUUAAUAAAAGAGUAUGAAUGACAAAGGUGCCGAUCCGAAA